UCUCUUUAAUUUGGGUAAAAUUGAGUGGAGACUAGGGUAUUUUUGAAUGCUUCCUAGUAAACACUGCUUGUGGCUUUUGAUCGGCUCUGUUCUUCCGGUUUUCAUGACCGUUCAGCUGGAAGGAAGGGAGCAAUAUUUAUUUUCGCCUACAAAAUCAUGCUUAUAAAUUACUGUUUGUCAUAGUUUCAAUGGCUGCAAAAUUUAUGUGCAAGAGAAAACCCUUGAACAACUACAUCAACCCAUUUCACUCAUAUUCACGUAACAUCAAUAACCCUAACACCCAACAUGCCCCGCAAAUCAACAAAGCAUCCCAUUAUUUUCAGAGAGCAAAACGCAUAGACAGGCUUCGGCUUUUACUUCACAACAAACCUUGGACACCCUCAUUACCAAAAGAUCUGGAGAGAAUUGCACUUGACACCUUCGUUGUAUCACAGGCCCUGCGCACUAGUAAACUAUUGCCACUCACAGCUCUAAGCUUCACAAAAUGGUUGAAAUCCAAGCCGGAGCUGUACAACAAUUAUUACAUACACCACUCAAUUAUAAAAGUGCUCAGCGAUGCUGGAAAGGUGGAACAAAUACAGAGCAUGGUCGAAGAAAUCAAAUCUGGUAAGUACAAAAAGGUUUUUGUCAGUUCUAUGAAUUUAUUGUGCUGGAAUGCCAGAGCUAAAAAUUUUGAAGGGGUAGAAAAUAUUUGGAUUGAAAUGAAAAAUAAAAUGAACGAAGAAGAAGAAGAACCUCUAAAACCCACUGCAGAGUUUUAUAAUAUUUAUAUUGAUAUGAUUGCAGAGAGGGGUAGGUAUAGUGAAGUGGGUAGUCUUUUCUUGGAGAUGAUUGAGGCUGGUGUUCUUCCUAAUGAUAGGACUUACACUGUUCUUAUUAAGCACCUUCUGAAAUUGGGUAAGUUGAAUGAGGCAUUUGAGGUGUUUAAGAGAUUACCCACAUUGAGGGUCAAACAUACUGCCAAACAGUACACGUUAUUGGUGGAAGAGUUCGCUAGAAUGAAUGAUGUGGAGUCAAUGAGAUUGCUUGUUCGGGAGAUGCAAAAUGAUGGGGUUUUCCCUGGUAGAGCAUUUAUUUCUGCUGUGAGGAUUUUGAAGGAUGCAGGGUUGGAGGAAGAGGCCGAGGAGAUUGUGAGCUAUCUUUUACCUGAUGCUAAUAUUGAGGCUCUUGGAAUAUCACAAAUACUUGAUCUUGAUAGUGAUGACAAUGACAAUGGUGAUGUCGAUGGUUAUGGUGAAGAUGACAGUGGAAAUAAUUCAGGGGAACCUAGUCAGAAUUUGAAACCCUGGUUGAGUCCAAAUGCCUUAGCAAGUGCCCUGAGUGAUUGGAAUGAUGCAACAAUUAUUUCUCUUGAGAAGGCGAAUCUUGUGUGGAAUACUAGAUUGGUGUGCAAGGUUUUGAGGGCAUUUCAGAAAAUUGAUGUAGCUUUGAAGUUUUUCCAUUGGGUUGCUUACCAGCCAGGAUUUGCACAUGAUAUAUAUACAAUCUCGAGAAUGGCUGUGUUGUUGGCACGUAAAGGGAAAGCUGAAGCAGUAGAUCGCUUGCUUUUGAAGGCAAGGUCAGAAGAAUUAAAGUUGUCAGUAAGCACAAUGAGAUUGAUAAUUGAGGCUUAUGGUAUAUCAAUGUAUCCAGAUGCAGCAUUGAAAAUUUUCAAAGAGAUUAAAUUAUUUGGUUUGAAACCCAACAGAUUGCUAUAUUCAUCUCUGAUUCAUACUCUUGUGAAAUGUAACCAGGGGUUAAAAGCUAAGGAUAUUCUUGAGGAAAUGAUACUUGCCAAUAUCUGCCCAGAUAUUCAGAUAUUUACCGUUCUAAUGCAGGACUUUGGAAGGGCAGGUGAUUUAAAAACAGUGCAGCUGCUUUUUCAAUGGAUCAACCAGAGUGGUGGUAAGCCAGAUGCUCAUUGCUAUAGGAUUCUUAUCCAUGCAUACUGUGAGAAUGAGAGAGCAGCUCUAGCAUUCAGGCUUUUUGAAGACAUGAAAAGUACAAAUAUGAGGCUUGAUGCUGAAACCAAAACCCUACUGGUGAAUAGUCUCUGGACGCAGGGUAAGUUGAGAGAGGCAGCAGAUGUAGAGGAUGAAUAUGAGAAAGAGGGACUUAAUUUACCUAAGGCCUUGCCUGGCAGUAUAUGGAAGGCGAGCGGUGGCGAUCUAAUGCUGAUGAGGGCUCCUGAUAUAGCUCGCUACCCUACACCUCCACUCUCACUGAAGGAAAAAUCCAAAGAGGGAAUAAGAUGCUCUUCUUCUCUGGCAAUUAAGUAUACGGUGAAUUGUAACACCAAAUAAUUUGCCAAAUAUGUUGGGAAUUGAUAUUAAUUUUUUGUAUUAAACUAAAUCAUUGUAUGAAUAGUGGUCAAUAACAUUUUUGUGUACCUAGGACAAUUUGGGGCUUCAGAAACACUCAUCUCUUUCUCUUGCAGAUCAUGAUUUGUAUUGACCAUAUUAUUAGUAAUUAUAUUGGGUUUUUUUAAUUUAUUCUGAAACCUAAUGCUAACUUGGCAAACAAAUGCUAUGCUCCACAUGUCUAGGAUUA